AUGGAGAAGAACCCUAACCCUAAUACCUGGUCGGAGCUUCCUCUAGAUCUCUUGAACUUAGUUUUCCAACGCCUCAACUUUGUUAAUUUCCAACGAGCUAAAUCGGUGUGUUCGUCUUGGUACUCUGCCUCGAGACAAUCCGUGCCCAAAAAGCAGAUCUACCCUUGGUUGAUUCUCUUCCCGAAUGACAACAACAACAACAACAACAACAACAACAACAACAACAACAACAACAGUUCUUCUUCAUGCAGGUUGUUCAAUCCCGGGGAAAAAGACAGACUUUACAAAACACAAGAUCUUGGUGUUGAGUUUGCAAAGAGUGUUUGUAUUGCAACUUAUGGAAGUUGGCUCCUUAUGCAAGAUUCAAAAUAUAAUCUCUAUAUUCUGAACCUAUUCACCCUCGAGAGGAUCAACCUUCCUCCUGUGGAAUCACAACUUGGCGAGAUAAAGGUUAAACGAACCAUACAUGAUUGGUUUCACAUGUCACAUGAUCAUUGCCAGAGAUGGUCCGAAGCUAUGACUAUAGGACCCGCCGUGUUUUGGAUCGACGAGGAAUCAAAAGAUUAUAUAGUUCUAUGGGAACUUCGAGAUUGGUUUGUGGUUUCAGCCAAGAAAGGAGAUACCUCGUGGAAUCAGAUUCCCGAAAUUUCAGAUUGCUGUGACCACUGUGACAUGGUUUACAAGGAUCACAAGCUUUACUGCUUACCCAAAUACACUGGUACUUUCCAAAUCUUAGAUUUUUCUGGAGUGGAGGACAACAAAACUUUUGAGGUGGUAAACCUCUGGAUAGAUAUAAACUUUACAGGUGUUGUUCCUGUUCAAUUAAGUGACUCAUGGUGCGUUACUGAGACAAAACUUGUUCUUACAUUAACAAGAAAAGUCCUCAAGGUUGACAAAAUAUGGAGUCCUAACUCUAGAACCUGGUCCUUCAGGGUUUUCAAGAUUUCUUCAUCAUCAGAGUUCUUUGAGGCUUAUUCUUGUGAAAAGGUUGAUUCUUUGGGUGACGAGGCAAUGCUUUUGGAUCUAGGUAUCACUGUGCCCGCCAAUGACAUCGAGGGAUUCAAUAAAAACUCCAUCUAUUUCGGUUGUAGUCAUGAAAACAAUACAAGUAAUAUAUUUCUCUUCAAUCUCGAGACACAGAGGAUGGAGGUACUGCAAAAAUUUGAUUGUUCGCCCCUUCAACUCUCUAGAGCUCGAUGGUUCUUACCAAGUUUCCCUCAGAAGUCACAAGUGACUGAUCUUAAUUAUUAG